UGCAACAUCGCAGCAGCUGAUGCACCAGCUGUUAAAUUUGUCCGGAAAAGUUGGCAGCCCCAAGCCAAUGCGACGCCAUUUUCCUUUUGCGUGCGCUGUCAAACGCAGUUUUUUUCUCACAUUUUCACCACAAAUCGCAGACUAGGAUUUUUCCUGAAGCAGAAAUACGUGAUACCACCGAAAUACCAAGCAAAAUCCUAAUAGAUGCCGAUUGACCACCUGUCAAACGAUUGAACCCAACGGCAGCGAGGCGAGCGCCGCUUAUAUUCGCUGAAAAUUACGUGAAUCAGCGCAAGGGCACCCGUGAUAUUGGCACUUUAAUUGGCAUAACAUUCGCUCCAUGAUGGUCAAUUCGUCUGGCAGCGAGGACGGACAGCUCCGGAGCCCCAAUGACGGGCAUUAUCACAGCGCUGGCGAAGAUGAGGAACAUGAGGCAGACUCUGAUGCAUUGUAUAUACAGCCUCCGCAGGCAAGCAGGGACUCUGGAUCUGGGUCCAGGCGUGAGAAAAAGAAACAUUCCCGGGAUCGGAGACGGCACAAGGAACGCGACGACGAUAUGGUGGGGGCAGGAGAAGGUCCAGGUGACCAUCGGUACGAUUAUCGGAGCCGAGAGGAACACUACCAUCAGCACCACCACCGUGAAAGGGCCGCUGCUUAUGCAAAACACCACUUGGGACACAGCUAUCAUUACCAGCAGGCACCGCCGCAGCAGCAGCAACCGCUGCCGCCUGCUCCCACCGGUCACUACGCUGUCCACCACCAUCAGCAUCAUCACCAGCAUUUAAGUGGAGGAGCCAGAGGGGCUGCCCGUGGAGGAGGCGAAUAUCAUUCCUAUCCGUCUGGCUAUCACUCAAGCAGUCGGCACGCCGAUUAUCCCAUGGAGGAGCCGCCGCCGCAGCGACGAGGCGGUAAAUACGCUGAGAGCAAGGAUGCGGAAAGCCUGGAGCAGGACCUGCGGUCCAGGCUUCUAAAGAAGCGGCAUAACUGUAAAGACUACGAAACGGAAGAGAACUACGAGCAUCGUGGCGAGAGGGGUGAGCGGAGAGUGGAAGGCGGUCGGAAGGAGCAACGAGAACGGAGCGAACGAAGCAGACAUAAGCAGAGUCGACGCGAAUCCGUAAUAGAGCUGCUGGAUAGUCAACAGGAGCAACACCAGCACCAGCACAAAUCGCAUCGUAGCAAGUGGCGAGAGGAUGUGGAGACGAGCCGGAGAAAGACGCACGAGGAUCCAGAGCUUUUGGCCCGCAGGGAAAAGCUUCUGGCAGCCGAGCGCGAGAGCCGACAGCGGAAGCAGACCGCCCGGGAGGAAUUGGAAGCUCGUCGGGAACUGUUGCGCGAACGGAACGACCACAGUGAUGCACUAAGUCCGACAACAGUGGCUGCCAGCGUAACAGCUGGCUUAAACAUUGUCAAACGGAAGUCCAAGACGGAGGAGAGCUAUGAGCGAAAACUGAAGCACAAGCGGCGAGAGGAGGAGGAGGUUGAGGUCAUACCUGACGAAGAUGACGAUGAGGAGGAUGAAAGCGAGGAGAGCGACUCUAACGGGGAUGAGGAGAGUGCAGAGAGUGCCAGCGAAUCGGGCAGUGAUGACAGCUAUGCCAGCAAGAAAAAGAGCAAGCGAAAAUCCAAGCCGCUGAACGAGAACGACGACGACGAUGACCUGCCUCUGCCCGACAGCCCGCUCAGCGUUGGAGAGCUCUACAAGUCACCCAAGUUGCGCCAGCGUUCGAGAUCAGCCAGCUCCAAACGCAGCAGCUCCCAGUCCAGUCGCAGCAGUCGCUCGAGAUCUCGAUCCCAAAGUCGGAGCAGUCUUGAGGACGAAGACGUGGAGGAUCAACGAGACGGCAAUGCUUCGCCCAGCAGUAGCACACGAAGCGAGGAGCGUGGAAUGGCUCAGCAGCAAUUGGAGGAGAAACCAGAGGAAAAACUCAAGGACAGACCACAGAAGGUGCUUAUUGAGGAACAGCCGCCCUGCGAUGACAAAGGUGUUCCACUCCCCAACUAUUACCCCGGCGUGCAAGGCUGUCGCUCUGUUGAGGAAUUUCAGUGUCUGAAUCGAAUCGAGGAAGGGACCUACGGUGUUGUCUAUCGCGCCAAGGACAAGCGAACCAACGAGAUUGUGGCUCUCAAGCGCCUAAAAAUGGAAAAGGAAAAGGAGGGUUUUCCAAUCACAUCGCUCAGAGAGAUCAACACCCUGCUCAAGGGUCAGCAUCAGAAUAUUGUUACCGUGCGCGAGAUCGUGGUCGGCUCCAACAUGGACAAGAUCUUCAUUGUGAUGGACUAUGUGGAACAUGACCUCAAGUCGCUAAUGGAGACAAUGAAAAACCGAAAGCAGAGUUUCUUCCCAGGCGAGGUGAAGUGCCUGACCCAGCAGCUCCUGCUGGCGGUGGCGCAUCUCCACGACAACUGGAUAUUGCAUCGGGACCUGAAGACCUCCAAUCUCCUGCUCUCCCACAAGGGCAUCCUCAAGGUUGGUGACUUUGGCCUAGCACGAGAAUAUGGCUCGCCGAUCAAGAAGUACACAUCGCUGGUGGUCACACUGUGGUAUCGCGCUCCUGAACUCCUUCUUUGUUCGCCCGUCUACUCUACGCCCAUUGACGUUUGGUCGGUGGGUUGCAUUUUCGCCGAAUUUCUGCAGAUGUUGCCGCUGUUCCCGGGAAAGUCGGAGAUCGAUGAACUGAACAGGAUAUUCAAGGAACUUGGCACACCCAAUGAGAAGAUCUGGCCCGGAUAUACAGAGCUGCCCGCCGUAAAGAAUAUGAUGUCGCAGAACUCACAGUUCACCGAGUAUCCCGUUUCGCAACUGCGCAAGCACUUCCAGGAGAAGACUUCCGAGUUGGGGCUGUCGCUGCUGCAGGGCCUGCUGACCUACGAUCCGAAACAAAGACUGACGGCCGAUGCGGCCCAUAAGCAUGAGUACUUCCAGGAGCUGCCUCUGCCCAUCCAUCCCUCCAUGUUCCCCACCUGGCCGGCAAAGAGCGAGUUGGGUGCACGCAAGGCACAGGCAUCGUCGCCAAAACCGCCGUCCGGUGGUUCGCAAUUCAAGCAAUUGGGCAGGGACGAACCCGUCGCCGUGGGUACGGGUAAUAAGCUCUCAUCCGGCAUUAUUACCGGGAACAAGAAGAGCCAUGGUGCCGGUGGUGGUGGAUCGUCGGCCAGCACCGGAUUCGUACUUAAUGCUGGCCUAACGCAACGCCAACUGGCCAUGGGACCCGGCUUCAGUCUAAAGUUCUGAUUCAGCGGAUUAAGAUCAUGUGUUUUUAGCCAAUUAAGAUUACGAUUACGAAUAAUUGUUAUGUAUAGAUUAGCGAAGUAAGUUGAAAAUUUCGUUUAAUUGUAUGUGUAAAAAUAUUGUUCCAAAUAUCAUUUUAAAAGCCAUACAACAAACCCAUUCAAA